AUGGCGAAAGAUUCAGUUAUCCCGAUUUUCUCCUCUCCUGAAGACGAAGCCGCGAUCGUUCCGUUGUCUCACAAGUCGAGCUCGAGACUGGCCAAGCUUUCUCCUUCCAUCGAGAGAAAGAAGAGAAAGAAGUCGAAGCAAGGAGACGAGACCCCAGAGUCUCCAAAGUCUUUCAAGAAGCCCAAAAUCAAGUUCCGCCCCUCGAGCAGCAAGCACCAGAAGAGGGGCAGCCCCAAGCCCAUGACACCGUCCCCACUCGCAACAUAUCCCCUAGCUCGUAGGCCCAGUCACAGCUUUAUAAAGCGCUCGACCAUCGAUAAAGAACGAAAGCCUACCGAACCAGACGUUGAGCCGCUUGUGACCGUCGAGGCUGGUGACACCGUCGAGGCAGAUGACGCCAACUCGGAAGACAAGCCUAUGGCUAGCACAUCACACACAGGAAACUCGAUCGCUGAUCAGGCCUACGCGAUCCCCGAGCAGCCCAUAAGAGACAAGGCCAAUCCCGACCUCAGCACCCAGCUUGCCCAGAAACUCGAGCCAUCCACCCAUGUGCCUGGGAAAGAGACACUGACAGAUGAUGAUAACUGCUACAUCUCCAAGGCUGCCUUCAACCUCCUCACAAGCCGCCAUGUGACCUUGCAGCACAUGGUCAUGACGUUCAUCGACUCUGUGAACGACUUGCAGACCACAAGCAAGGUUGACAGGAACAUUCGCGACGGAAUUCUUGCCGAGGCCAAGUCUCUCCAAAUGGGUAUCAAGGCAGUUUCCAAUGCUGCAUUCCAGCUUCCGUGGCCCAUGCUCUGCCCCUACUCGCGGCCGAAUUGGACUUCCAAUCCGACAAAUACCCUUGCAACCAUCGAUAAGUUCAACGAGAAGAAGAGAAUUAACGCUGCAGUCAAGGCAGCCGCCGCCGCGCAGCAGGCUGCGGAAGAGGGGGCAGAGAUGGCAGACAACGACGGCUCUGAGAUUGAAGUCGAACCCGAGGAUGAAGAGGAAGUGGAAGACAUCGAGGAGGAGCAGACGGCCAACACUGAUGGGGAACCAAUGGAUGAGUCGGAACAAAUGGGCUAG